AUGGCGCUGGACGAAGCUUGUCCGGACCCAACACCUACAAACGGAAGCUCCACCCUGUACGACAGUGGCCAGUUCGCGCUGAUAUCAUGCGAUACGGGAUUUACCAUGAAUGGGGAGAAUUACAUUGAAUGUGUCAACGACACGUGGUCGACCAAUACCACGUGUCAAAUUGUAGAUUGUGGUGACCCUACUCCUACUAGCGGAAGUGUGGACAGCGGCGACACCACUUACCUUUCUGUUGUAACUGUCACGUGCGAUUCUGGUUAUGACAUCAGUGGAAGUGACGUCAUCACAUGUCAAAGCACGGGUAGCUGGAACGCUACUCCGACUUGUGAACGGAAAGAUUGCGGUUCUCCGGCUGCUACAAACGGGGCGUACUCAGGCGGCACCUUGUACGACCAGACGGCCACGCUGUCAUGUGACACCGGGUACAAUCUACAGGGGCCGGAAGUGGUCUACUGCGACGUCACGGGGUGGAAUGGGACCGCCACCUGCAACAUUGUCGACUGCGGGGAUCCUACGCCAAAUAACGGAUCCGCCGACAUACCGUCGGGAACGACGUACAAUGAGCCGGCGGCAGUGACUUGUGAUACUGGCUUUACCAGAAACGGAAGUAGUCUGAUCGUCUGUCAAGCAGACGGCACCUGGUCAGCUACUCCGACAUGCGCCAUUAACGAUUGCGGUGACCCCGUACCGAGUGACGGGUCCGCUAACGAUACGGGAACUACGUACGGUACGGUGCUCAGCAUAUCAUGUAACACGGGCUGGUUACUUAGCGGGUCCCCCAUUAUCACGUGCGAGGCAGACUCAGCGUGGUCUGGGACACCGACAUGUGACCCAUACGACUGUGGAGACCCUGUACCUGAAAAUGGUGCCUCUACAUACACAGCUACUACACUGGGGGAGACAGCGACGCUAGCGUGUAACAACGGGUAUACACUUUCGGGCGAUACGGUAGUGACUGUGGUAUUCCAGUUGUUACAAACGGAACAUCCGAAUUCCCGAAAGGAACUACGUACACAGAGCUUGCAUUGA